AUGAGAGCUGCCUUAAAAUAUUUUUCUAAUGUUCAGAGUUCCGUUCACAGUCGCCUCCUACUCACUCAACUCGCAGAACUUCGCGACGACUCUCGGUUGUGUGAUGUUGCUUUGGUGGUCAAGGGCACACGAAUCAAUGCCCAUCGGCUUGUGCUUACUGCAUGUUCAAGCUACUUCAAAGCUAUGUUCACCAACGAGAUGGCUGAAAGCCGACUGCAGGAAAUUGAAAUGGUCGAUAUGGAGGCCUCGACACUUGAUGCAUUGGUUAAUUUCUGCUAUUCUGGUGAGAUAAAGAUAAGUGAUGCGAAUGUCCAGAGCAUUUUGCCCGCUGCUUGUCUGCUUCAGUUAAUUGAAGUGCAGGAGGUGUGUUGUGAGUUCUUAAAGAAGCAGUUGGAUCCUUCAAACUGUCUGGGAAUUCGAGCAUUUGCCGAUACUCAUGCAUGUCGGGAGUUGCUCCGAAGCGCUGACAAGUAUACGUUACACAACUUCCAGGAUGUCGUUGGCACUGAAGAGUUUCUUAUGCUUCCUAUUAAUCAAUUGAUUGAACUUAUUUCAAGUGAAGAGCUUCACGUGCGAUCCGAAGAGCAGGUUUUCGCAGCAGUGGUUCAAUGGGUCAGAUUCGACUUGCCAGCUCGAAAACAGCUCCUUCCAAAGCUGCUCGAGCAUGUACGUCUUCCACUUUGUCAUCCUAAAUUUCUUGUCAGCACUGUUAGUGAAGACGCACUGGUCAAGGCGGACGCAGCAUGUCGAGAUCUUGUUGAUGAAGCAAAAAACUACCUACUACUGCCGCUCGAACGACCGAAUAUGCAGGGGCCACGAACGCGACCUCGAAAACCGAUCAAAUUUGGAGAAGUGUUAUACGCAGGUAUUAAGAAUUAUCCUGCCUUUUCCCCGUUCAAAACUAAUUAG